ACAAGGGGAAGGCAACAAUGCUUUUCUCUCCGCUUGGUAGGCGGUAGAUUUUUUAUUGCGUCAUUAUGUUACGCUCAAGUCGCCUUCGCGACAGAUAAACGCAACCCAUUGGCACUACUAAAGGAAGGCCAACCAAAAUACGCGCGCUCAGUCUAUGCGUUCUAAUCAGAAUGUGGUGGAGCUAUGAGAAGAGAAGUACCAUUGGAUUGUAUUCGUCUGUGCCAUAGCUUUUGGAGAGAGACAAGUCAACUAAAGUAACCUUCUCAUAAUAAUCUUAUUAUAAUGCUUCGACUAGUUUUAUUUUACGCAAGUGUAGUGUAUUUUACGCAAGUGUUAUAUGGUGACGACCUGAUUCCUGUUUGGAUUCAUCUGGAUUGAUCGGAUAUUAGUGGCUAUUAUUAUUGAUUUAUCAUUAUUAUUGAUUUAUCAUUACUAUUUCUAUUUCCAUUAAACAUUAUUUUUAACUCCAAUUUGCAACAUCAUAAUUGUCUACUACGGGUUCCAAGCGGAAUGAGCCUGUUUUGCACCUCUUGAGGAUACAAGGAGUCUGGAUUCAUGUUCAGAAAAUGAAGUUUAAGUUUUUUACCGUGGGCUCCAUACUACCACCUCUAGCCUACAACUAUGUCGGCAGUUGAUAUUGCCAAUUGAAAACGUGAUGCUGUUGCCUAUUGUUGUUCACUGACGGUUGAAAUAUUAUAAUUGUAUCUCCAUGUGAAACAUUCUCGAAUGUGGAUCACUGCAAACGAUGUAUACCGAGGUGGCUAAUUUAAACUUCAGCUCUAAUGGAAGCAUCGAGGAUCCACUGAGCUCUCUGGAUCAAGAAUGGAACGAGCCCCCGGCGAAAAGACUGUCUCGGACCGGACACCAUGUGAUGUCCGUCUUCCUUGGAUCUAUUAUGGUUUUUGGUUUCAUCAAUAACCUGGUGGUAUUGAUCCUGUUUAUUAAGUUCAAAACUCUGCGGACUCCUGUGAACAUGCUUUUGCUGAACAUCAGCGUGAGUGACAUGCUGGUGUGCCUCUGUGGCACCACGCUCAGCUUCGCAUCCAGUCUACAGGCACGCUGGCUGUACGGGAAGCACGGGUGCAUGUGGUACGGUUUCGCCAACUCUUGUUUCGGAAUUGUGUCGCUAAUCUCGCUGGCCUUCCUCUCCUAUGACCGCUACAGCACCUUAACCGUGUACAACAAGCAAGCCCCGGACUACCGUAAGCCUCUGCUGGCCGUGGCGGGCUCCUGGCUCUACUCCCUGUUCUGGACAGUGCCCCCCCUGCUGGGCUGGAGUAGUUAUGGCCUAGAGGGGGCCGGGACCAGCUGCUCGGUCACCUGGACAUCCCAGACGCCCCAGUCUCACUCCUACAUCAUCUGCCUGUUCAUCUUCUGUCUGGGGCUGCCUGUGCUGGUCAUGGUCUACUGCUACGGGAGGCUGCUCUACGCUGUCAAACAGGUGGGGCGGAUCCGUAAGUCGGCAGCGCGGCGGAGAGAGUUCCACAUCCUGUUCAUGGUGAUCACCACGGUGGUGUGUUACCUGCUGUGCUGGAUGCCCUACGGCGUGAUCGCCAUGAUGGCCACCUUUGGACACCCGGGCCUUAUCACCCCCAUCGUGACCGUGGUGCCCUCCAUCAUGGCUAAGAGUAGCACCGUCAUCAACCCCCUCAUCUAUAUACUCAUGAACAAACAGUUCUACAGGUGUUUCCUGAUCCUGUUCCACUGCAAGCGACCCAGUUCUGAGAACGGCGUCUCCUCCAUGCCCUCCAAGACCACCGUCAUCCAGCUCAACCGCCGGGGCCACAGUAACAACGUAGCCGUCACGCCCCAGCUCUCCACCGGCGCCAACCACCAUAACCACAACCACACGGUGGAGUGCAGCACUAACAACCGUGAAGUCACCACCCCCGUCUCCGAACAGACCAGCCCAGACCCCAACCAAGAGAUCACCUCCUGUGGACAGCCGCGUACCCCCCGAAGCCCCUCUCAACCCACCUCCCUUUUCCCCCACGUGACAAACGCUAUCCAGUGAUCCACUGUGUUAUAUGAUAGUGUCACCACCGAGAACUCUAGAGGAUAAGGUGUUGGCAUUUGUCAUGCAUUUGUCAUGUGGUGUCGCCCAAAAACUCCCCAUAGUGAUUUGUCAUCAUGAGAACGCCUCAACAACAGUCUACCCAUAAAUGAUCCAUUAAUGAUCCGUAAAUGAUCCAUCAUGACGUUGUGUCACCAGAGAACUAUUCUAAACACACAGUCAGUGAUCUAACCCAGACAGAACUAUCAAUAUCUUCUACGAACAAAGUGAUCUAUUCCACAUCAUCACCCUACAAACUACACUGUAUCUUAUAGAACAGGGGACCCCAGCUGGCGGCCUGCGGGUGGAUCUAUUUGGCCCCCCAAGUUCACGGCAAAUAUAAAUAAUGAUAUAUAUAUUUUUUGUGUGGUAUUUUUGUCGUUGGAUACGAGACUGUAAGAACAUGAAAUCAACGGCAAUUGAUUUUAAGUUUUGAAAUCUGUUUUGAAAUGAUUAUGCUUUAGUAAACGUUAUAUCUGUUUGGGCUUCUUGCUGUCAAUUGGCAGUAAUUAUGUUCUGGCCCCCCGACCAUCCGCGCAUCGGCCCGCAGCUGAAUCUAGUUGAUGAUCCAUGUUAUAGAAGGUGUGUCAACCGCCCCAACCCAGCUAGAUGGUCAACUGUUACUUUGUCACUCAGUAAAGGUGUAGAUAUAAAUUCCUGUCAAGUCUUGCCGUGAGAAAACGCAACAGUGUGGUGUUGUUUACUUAAAAACAAAGCGUGUAUUUUUCCUCAACUUCCGUUAUCAUAUUGUUACAUGUGUUACGUCGAUAGACACCAGAGUUGUAUUAAGACUGCAGUGGCUUUAGUGUUGUCGUUGCUGUUACAGUACAAAAAAAGUAUUUUGUCAUAACUGUUACAGUGUGCUGUCAUAACCGUGGCCAUUUCCAAUGACGUGCAAUAACAGACAGUCCAUCUAUUCAUUUGUUCUAAAGCAGCUAUGAAGCCUAUGUGAAUGAUGCCGGUGAAGCUGAAUGCUUUGUACCUCAUCUGUGACAUCAAAUCACCUCGGGCCUCAUUUAUUUGCUCAGUUUUUAUUCUACAUUUCAGCAUACCACCAGUUCUUGAAACAAAUAGGAAGAACAAUCACAGUGUUUAUACACAUGUCGAAGGGUGUAAAUCACACACAAUCAUGAUCAUUUCUACAUCACACUAAGUUGCUAAAUCAAUAUAUAUCACUAUAUAUUAAAUCACUAUAUAGCUGUGGAUUCCAACUAUCAUAUGUGCGUAAGAUUUUUUUAAUAUAAAUGAUGCACCUGGGUGAUCUGUGUAAAACUGGCUAGUAAUUACAACCGAAACUGGUAUUAAACGUAUGGCAACAAUGUGAAGGGAUUUUCCAUUUCACUGCAGGGUGGGGAGGGUAAUAAACCAGAAACAGUUGGAGAAGUGUAACAGAAAGUGUUCAUGUUUGCAACACUUGUCUUGCACUCUUGAAGCCAUCAUCCCAUUGGGCAAAAGAGAUCAUGGCCAUAUUCCAUUGUCAGUUGAAUGAAAUGUUGUUUACAAUUAUGACAAUGUGGAUCCAACCAACCACGAAAGCCACAACCUGUUAAAGUUACCAUCUUUCUGUGUCUGUAGUGUUGAGUCAUGCAGUAUCUGGCUUUGCAUGUUGACAUGUUCCUCAAUCUACAAGUCUAAAGCUCCCAGCAGGCAGUCAAACAGCCUGGCACCCCAUUGGUCUGCCACAUAGUGGCUGGCUGUAGCCAUCAUACGGCACUUGCUUGUCUUUAUCAAGAUGACAAACUGAACAGCACUGCCUCUCACUGCCUAAUAAACUGUAACCCAAAAACAGUUAAAUAAAAUGGACUGCAACCCAAAUAAAAUCCUUCUGUGAGUCAUGGUCUCGCCUCACUGAGUCCUGCUGCUGGCAGUGAGUGUGUGUUCUCUAUCUGUGUGUGUGUGUGUGUGUGGUGGUAGCGCAGUAACGUGCUCAGGACGACACAGCCCCCUCAAGCCCUCCUGCUGGGAUUCCAGGAAUUGCCACGGGGUCUAUGUCGUAAGAGAACAAAACAAGAGGGGGAAAAAACAACACAGGAAUGAAUGUUGUUCUUUCUGGACUCUCCUCCGUGCUUUUGGUCCAUGUGUGAGAGGUAAUAUUUACGCAGGUUUAGAAUGGUAUAGAUUUUUUUUGCCUUGCCAUAAUCUUACCCCUAAUAUUCACAUCAUUUCUCAUGUCUCACCGCUCUGCCCUUCAAAAACACCAACACGGGACCCAAUAUGGGAAAGGGGGAUUCCUGGUCAGUACAACUGAAUGCCUUCAACUGAAAUGUGUCUUUCACAUUUAACCCAACCCCUCUGAAUCUGAGAGGUGCGGGGGGCUGCUUUACAUUGACAUCUACGUCAUCGGCGCCCGGGGAACAGUGGAGUAACUGCCUUGCUCAAGGGCAGAAUGACAGAUUUGUACCUUGUCAGCUCUGGGAUUUGAUCCAGCAACCUUUUGGUUACUGGCCCAACGCUCCUACCCACCAGGCUACAUUGAAAAUUAGUAUUUUUUUAGAAAAUCAAUGAUUGACUUCCUGGAAUGCCAAUUGUUAUUGAGCACCUAUGCCCUCUUGACUGUGUAACCUUGUAAAUAGAUGUUGAGGUUGAACACACACGGAAUAACAAUUAAGCUCUUUGUUAUAUUUUUACCAUUUAGAUAUCGCAGAUCUCACUCACUAAAGCAAAAAAAAAAAAAAAACAUGCAUCCGUCUGGCUGCCAUUUACUUAAAGCCUGCUCGUCUCCUUGAACCAAGGAUACCACCAUAUGUGUUCUGAACUAGGCCUGCAGUAUGUGCUGCACCUCAAUAGUUAAUAAUGUUUUAUGAAUUCGAUGCACGUUGGCUGAAGCGUGUUCCCGACAUAGGGAACAGGGUACCAUUUCAGGCACAGCGGUCAAACCGAUAAAUGGAUGGGUGGAUUGCCCGGGUGGAUGAUCAGAGGCGCUU